AUGAAGUCAGGCUGUAUAUCCAGGCGCGCCAUAGUAAACACGCGCGAAAUCUGGCUUCGACCAUUAAUUAUUUACUCGAGAUUUUUGUACAAAAUUAUAUUAUCAGGCCCAGUAUUCAUUGUUAUAAUAUAAUAUAACAAGGAUAUCUCCUUAAUAAUAAUCACCAUUAUGACAGAAACAGGAUACAUUGAGAUACCAGAUGGGUACAAGGGUUACAACUUGGACAUGUUCUGUGUUCCUAAACACUACGAGCCAUAUUUGGAAAGUGUGCUUAUACCCCAUGGUGUCAUUGCAGACAGGACAGAACGUCUUGCACGAAAUAUCGUAAAAGAAAUGGGCGAGGACGAAUUGGUGGUGCUUUGCGUUCUGAAAGGUGGCUACAAGUUCUGCGCUGAUUUGUUGGACUACAUCAAGGCGUUAAAUCGCAACUCAGAGAGAUCAAUUCGUAUGUCGGUGGAUUUUAUCCGUUUGAAAAGCUAUGAGAAUGAUAAGUCAUCUGGAGAUAUCAGGGUGAUUGGUAUUGAUACAUUAAGUACGCUGGCGGGAAAGAAUGUCUUGAUUGUUGAGGACAUUGUGGAUACUGGUAGGACAAUGAAUAAACUGUUGAAAGUUGUGAAUGAGAACAGUCCAAAGAGCGUACAGGUGUGUAGCUUGUUGGUGAAACGUGGCAAGAACGAGUACAGACCGGCAUAUAUUGGAUUUGAAGUUCCAGACAAAUUUGUGGUAGGGUAUGCCUUGGACUACAAUGAGUAUUUUCGUGAUUUGAAUCAUAUUUGCAUCAUAAACAACGAAGGCAAGACAAAGUUUGCUGUGUAGAAACUGAUCUAUGUUUGUACCGUGCAGUUGAGGACAGUAUAUCGUUAGUUAUCAUUCAAAUUGUUCCCUAUUGUCGUAAUAGCACUGAAACAGAUUUUUCCCCAUCUCACUUUUUUCACACUUUAUUUACAUGUUAAUGUAAUUGCAUUCAUACAAGGUCUUGUGCUUAAAUGUUUUCUACUAUAGU